GCUUUGGGGAUAAGGAUGCUUGACCAAUUUUGUGAAGCUGGAAUCGGAUACGGAGACUCUUCUUGUGGAGCUUCAAUUCCAUCAUCAUCCAAGUUGUUGAUCAAAGGUGGUACUGUGGUUAAUGCUCACCAUCAACAAAUCGCCGAUGUUUAUAUUGAAGACGGUGUCAUCGUUGCUGUUAAUCCAACUAUCACUGUUGGAGAUGAGGUGCGUGUCAUAGAUGCUACUGGCAAGUUUGUUAUGCCAGGAGGCAUUGAUCCUCAUACUCAUCUAGAGUUUGAGUUUAUGAACACUGUAACGAAGGAUGACUUCUUCAGUGGCCAGGCCGCAGCAUUGGCUGGUGGGACGACAAUGCACAUUGACUUUGCCAUACCAAUUGAUGGGAGUUUAAUGGCCGGUUUCAAAGCCUAUGAAAAGAAGGCGAAGAAGUCUUGCAUGGAUUAUGGUUUCCAUAUGGCUAUUACCAAAUGGGAUGAAACAGUUGCAAGAGAAAUGGAGCUCAUGGUGACAGCGGGGAGUCUUACAAGGAAGUCGAGGAGAGCGUCACCGUGAGGAAGAAACACACAC